AUGGAAACUCCAAGCAUCUUUCAGCGAAGCAUCACAACUGCAUCAAAUUUUGAAAGAAGUUGCUUAUAUGAAGACGUUCCAGACGCAUAUCCACCUUCUUAUCCUCACAAAAAAAAUAUUUCAAAAAAAUCUGCAAAAUAUAUAAUUGAGCAUAAAGAAAAUUUCCAAAGAGAAAGCAACUGCAAACAAGCCAAAAAUCCAAAAGGAAGGGCUGUAAUGCCAUAUAUUGAUGAUUCCGAUAGCCUAUUUGACGAUGGCUGGAAUAAAAGAUGCAUUCAUUCAUUCAUAAGAUUAUUUAUAGAGAAGCUCCCGGACAGCCUGCUAAUGACUUUUAACAUCCCUUGCUUCGCACAGAAAUAAAAUGGUUACGUUGACAGAACCUAGACUCUGAGGUGCACUCCCUAUGGAGUAGGUAGGACCCAUCCUGAUAUGCCUUUGUUAGGUGGAAAUAGUCCUUCAGGCUUCGGGAAGCUUGCCAAAAAGGUUUUGCUUUAUUUCUCCCCUGAAGGUUUUCCCUGUCCCUGCCAGAUGGGCUAUACAGGUUUUGCCUACAACAUGUUCUUUCCUCAUCGGGACCAUAGGGCGCUAUCUAAGAGCGGCUCUGCCCAGGGCGAGUUAAUCUCUUGAACAGGUAGUUCAGGUCCGAAAUUCAAAAUGGCGUCCUCAGAUGCCAUUAUGGAGCCGAUAUGGGGCGGAUGAUCAGCGCCUGCGGGAUGGCUUAUGGCCGGAUUACUUAAUAUUUAACUUGCUUCGCACUACACCUUUGCUCGCAAGCCUGAUAGCACAGCCUAAGGCUUGUGUUGCUCUUUCCGGACAAGAGCCUGCACUUAUUCGGAGGUAAGAUGCUGAGUUACUGUGCUGUGCAUCGAUGGGGUUACCCUUCCUGAAAAUUCAAAAGAGAAAUUUCGGUUCAGGAUUUUACCGAGAUCAGACUUGUAGCCCAGGGCGCAAGUCCAGAUAUCAUGCUGAGAAAAUCCUGAUUGGUCGAGCGAACGCCCUCAUAUUUUGCUGGGCUAUCCCUUUCCAAAUUCCAAAGCCUCAUGCUCUCUCGGGGUAAAACCUUGAUUUUUAUGCGAACCUGCGGUCAGCCAGCCAGCCGUUGCGCUUCACUGGGCCAAAAAAAAAAACUGGCCGAACAAUUCACCGAACGCUUCUAUCCCUUUCACAAAGCUUUAAACUCCCGUCUGGCUAUCAGUGCUAAGAAGGCAGGUUGAUUCUCCACGCUUUUUUAUGCGUGGAAUAAAAGAUGCAAUUUAGUACAUGCAGAAACCAUUAGAGAAAAUCCUGCAGAUAACCUGCUAACUAUAAUAAAUCGCAGCAAAACAACAGCGGAGAGACAAGAAAAUGCAAGACAAAGUAUAGUAAGAAUUGCUAAAUGCAAAAAAUGCAAAAGACUUUCUUACAUAGAGGAUGGCAUUUGUCAUUAUUGCAACCAAAGCAACCAUUCCACUUUAAAAUCAGUAGCAUAUCUUUUGACUGUGAAUUUUUUCCUCGAAGACAUUCCUUGGGACAUUUAGUCGAAACUUUUUUCUCAUCGAUAUUUGCAGUAAAAAAUCUGUUAUUCAUCGAUCAAAUUCUCUCUAGAAAAAAUUUUCGAGUCAAGUAACCUAAGGAAAAGACGUUUAGCCUUAAAUCAAUGGUUUUAGGAUCAGCUCUUUGUUGCUGCAACUUCCUUACAUAG